CACCCCAUCCGCCGCCGACAUGUUCUCCAGACGCGCCGUCCAGGCCCUCCGCAGCAAUGCCUUCUCCGCCGCACCAUGCCCGUCGAUCGCCGCACGAUCAUACGCAACCGUAUCUUCGGACAUCUUCAAGCCAACCAAGUUCGGCGGCAAAUACACCGUCACCUUGAUUCCCGGUGAUGGUAUUGGUGCUGAGGUCUCCGAGUCGGUCAAGGCGAUCUUCAAGGCCGACAAUGUGCCCGUCGAGUGGGAGCAGGUCGAUGUUUCCGGUAUGGAGACUGGCGGCAAGCACUCCGAAGAGCUCUUCCGCGAAUCUCUCGCAUCUCUCAAGCGCAACAAGCUUGGUCUCAAGGGCAUCCUGCACACACCUGUGAGCCGAUCCGGUCAUCAAUCCUUCAACGUCGCUCUCCGACAAGAGCUCGACAUUUACGCCUCCAUCGUCCUCAUCAAGAACAUCCCCGGCUACGAGACACGACACAAGAACGUCGACCUUUGCAUUAUCCGUGAGAACACUGAGGGCGAAUACUCUGGUCUCGAGCACCAGUCGGUCAAUGGUGUCGUUGAGUCGCUCAAGAUCAUUACCCGCGCCAAGUCCGAGCGCAUCGCCAAGUUCGCUUUCUCCUUUGCCCUUGCCAACAACCGCCGCAAGGUGACCUGCAUCCACAAGGCCAACAUCAUGAAGCUCGCAGACGGUCUCUUCCGCAACACAGUGCGCAAGGUCGGCGAGGAAUACCCAACCAUCGAGACCAAUGACAUGAUUGUCGACAACGCAUCCAUGCAGUGCGUCUCCAAGCCACAGCAAUUCGAUGUCAUGGUCAUGCCCAACCUUUACGGAUCCAUCAUCUCCAACAUUGGCGCAGGUCUAGUCGGUGGUCCAGGGAUUGUACCAGGAUGCAACAUGGGACGUGAAGUCGCCGUGUUUGAGCCAGGCUGCCGUCACGUCGGUCUCGAUAUCCAGGGCAAGGACCAGGCCAACCCAACUGCACUUAUUCUUUCUGGAUCUAUGAUGUUGAGACAUCUUGGCCUCGACGACCACGCGAACAGAAUUAGCAAGGCUGUAUACGAUGUCAUUGCAGCCGGCAAGGUUCGGACACCAGAUAUGGGAGGCAGCGCCACUACACACCAGUUUACUCGCGCCAUCUUGGACUCUAUGGAGACACAAUAGAGAUACAUCAGCAGCAUGAGACAUCGAACAGCACUGGAGCGGCGUAGAUAGCGUACUGUCUUUGUUUGAUAUCCGUGUCUUGAUACCAGAAAAUCGAAAUCGAAAUGUACAUUGGAAAGUC